AAAGAGCGCGACAACAAUAGCAAUAGAGAGAGUGAGAGCGAGAGUGACAGAGGGAGUGAGGUAAAAAUCGUAUACUAACCCCUGGUGGUGGUGUCAUAUACGCAGGGGAAGUUCUUGAGGCGCAGAAACACGACGAAGUGACUAUGCUCUUCAGUGACAUAGUGGGUUUCACUUCUAUCUGCUCGACAGCCACGCCAUUAAUGGUCAUCAAUAUGCUACAGAACCUCUACACGCAGUUCGACGCCUUCUGUGGUCAGCUCGACGUGUACAAGGUAGAGACCAUCGGAGACGCUUACUGUGUUGCCGGUAACCUGCACCGUCGUAGUGCCUGGCACGCCCACCAGGUGGCCUGGAUGGCACUCAAAAUGAUGUGCUCCUGUACCAACCACACCACCCAUGACGGUCAGCGCAUACAGGAUGGCCUCAAGAGGAGGAUGGCGCAGCUGAAGGACUCCAUCGAGGAGACAAACAACGCUGUUGACAAGGAACGAGAGAAAAAUGUGUCUCUUCUCCACCUCAUCUUCCCACCGGACAUUGCCAAGAGACUCUGGCUAGGGGAAGUUCUUGAGGCGCAGAAACACGACGAAGUGACUAUGCUCUUCAGUGACAUAGUGGGUUUCACUUCUAUCUGCUCGACAGCCACGCCAUUAAUGGUCAUCAAUAUGCUACAGAACCUCUACAACGCAGUUGACGCCUUCUGUGGUCAGCUCGACGUGUUACAAGGAUCAACACAAGUAGAGACCAUCGGAGACGCUUACUGUGUUGCCGGUAACCUGCACCGUCGUAGUGCCUGGCACGCCCACCAGGUGGCCUGGAUGGCACUCAAAAUGAUGUGCUCCUGUACCAACCACACCACCCAUGACGGUCAGCGCAUACAGGAAACCAGGAUGGAGGGAACAGAUGCCAACACCGGUGGAUCAGCAGUUGGGUCCUGUGGUGCCGGAUACAGGUGCGGCCAAAAGGCAGCCAACGUGCAUUGGAGUGAGAAAUGGAUAAUAGCAGAGUGCGAGGAUGGACCAUGUGUUAUGUUACCAGUGGGCACGGGGCCUGAGCAGACCGUCGACUACGAGCAAUGA